UCUUCCUCCGGUUGAAAAUAUGGCCGGAAUUUUCAGAAACAAAUCGGGCGUCGCCCUCCUCGCUCGGCUCCUCCACCCGCCGGAUUUCUCUUUUCACGGCCGCUCGAGGAGAUCCUUUCAAACCCUCGCCUACGAAGAGCUCCAGACCUCACCGGACCGACCUUACGAUUCCACUGCUUUCAUCCUUCACGGCCUCUUGGGAUCGGGAAGAAAUUGGAGGUCUUUCUCUCGCAAUCUCCUUUCGCGGCUUUCCGAUUCCUCUUCUACUGAAUGGAGAGUGGUGCUUGUGGAUUUAAGGAACCAUGGAAGAUCGGCUGAACUGGAGGGAUUCGAUCCUCCUCACGAUAUGGUAAAUGCUGCCAAGGAUUUGGGGAAAUUAGUUCAAUCUCAAGGCUGGGCGUGGCCGGAUGUUGUUAUGGGUCACUCCAUGGGUGGGAAGGUCGCGCUUCAAUUCGCUCAGAGCUGUAAUUGUGGUGAUUAUGGAGAUUCAGCUUCAUUGCCUAAGCAGCUAUGGGUGUUUGAUUCCGUCCCUGGAAAUGUGAUCCCCGAAAAUAGCGAUGGAGAAGUUGAGAAAGUUUUGAAGACUUUGCAGGGUUUACCUUCAUUGGUACCGUCAAGGAAGUGGCUUGUUAAUCAUAUGAUUGAACUCGGUUUCUCGAAGUCAUUAUCAGAAUGGAUAGGCAGCAAUCUGAAGAAAUCUGGGGAGCAUGAGACAUUUACUUUUAAUCUUGAAGGAGCUGUGCAGAUGUUCAAUUCUUUCAGGGAGACAUCAUAUUGGUCUCUUCUAGAGCAUCCACCAAAAGACAUGGAGAUUGCAAUUGUGCGAGCGGAGAAUAGCGAUCGCUGGAAUCGUGAAACCGUUCAGAACCUUGAAAGCCUCUCCAGCAAGGGAUCUGAAGGAAAGGUUUCGGUUCAUGUUCUUCCCAACUCUGGCCACUGGGUUCAUGUCGAUAAUCCGAAGGGGCUCCUCGGCAUUGUUGCUCCAAAAAUUUCAUCCCUUUAAUUCUACUCGGUCUCGAGACAUUAGUUUUCUACCAUUAAUUAAACCAAAUAUUUCUUUAGAUCAUGAGUUCUACCCCAUCUUUUAUCAUCAAAUUCUGAUGAUCAUUUACGACAUUGUCGAUUAGUCGGCCGUCACGACGGAAUCUUGUGACAGGAAAAGGAACUACAUCAUUUGAGUUAUCUUGAUUUUCUGUUUGUAUGAUGAUAAUAAGCCACCUUGAAUUGACAAUAGAAUGUUUUGCCGUAUGUAAUAUGUAUGACUGGGAUUUCGACCAAUUAAGGGAGCCAAAAAAA